AUGGUCUCUGAACAAAAAUUUUCUAAAUUAUCUCAGUCAACUAUUUCAUCAAUAGAAACACUAAUUAAUUCUUUUAAUCUUAGUAGUAAAAUACAAACUAGUAAUUCUACAAAAAAAUCCUCUAGUAAAAAAAUUAAACCAGUUAAUAGAGAUAGUUUACUAACUUUAAAAAAGUUAAUUAAAGAAUCAACUACUCCAAUUUCCACACAAAUUUUAUCAAAAAACACUAUUAUUCUACAGCAAUCUAAUAAUGAGGACGCUUUAGUUAAUGAUAAAAUCAGAGAGCAUAUUCCUAAUCAAGAUAAAAUUACUGAGACUAACCUUCGAAAAAGAAAGGAAAGGGCUAAAAAAGUUUUCAGACUUUUCAAUAGUAUUGGUGGUGAAAAUAUGAUUAAAUCUUUUUUUGCAUCAAAUAUUUCAAAUCUAAGUCUAGACGAUAUUGAUUAUGUAAUACGUAGCAAAAAUUUUAAAAGGAUUACUGCGCCACUGUGA